CCGUCCGGUAGCAGUCGUCCCUGGAACGGCUCUCGCGCUCUUCUUUCCCUCCCAGGCAGAGACACCCCGGCUUGUUUUUAAAAGUGCGCCUGCUCUUCAAGGAGAAUAUCUGUGACACAUUACAAUGCUUCAAAUACGGGACCUCAUCUGGGGAUUGCUCUUCGCUGUCUGUGCAGCUGCCAUCCAGGUGCAAAUCACUCCAUCUCAAGGAGAGAUCAGCGUGGGAGAGUCCAAGUUCUUCCUCUGCGAAGUGGUUGGAGAUGCUAAAGACAUCGACUGGUACGCCCCCAGCGGGGAGAAGAUCCUCCCCAACAGGCCGGACAUCUUCGUGAGCCGCAGCGACGAGACCAUGUCCAGCCUCACCAUCUACCACGCCACCGUGGACAGCGCCGGCAUCUACAAGUGCGUGGCGAAGAACGGCGACAAGGAAGCCCAGGCCACGGUCCAAGUGAAGAUCUUCCAAAAGAUCACCUUCGAGAGCGCUCCCACCCCACAGGAGUUCAACGAAGGCGACGAUGCCGACAUCGUCUGCGACGUGGUCAGCUCGCCGCCGCCCACCAUCAUUUGGAAGCACAGAGGCUCCAGGAUCCAGGUCGCCAAAGACGUGCGAUACAAGAUCAUGGAUAAUGGCCACCUGCAGAUCCGCGGCAUUAAGAAGAUAGAUGAGGGCAUGUACAACUGUGAGGCUCGCAUCAUGGCCAGGGGAGAGAUUGACUUCAGGAUGAUCAAGGUCGUUGUUAACGUGCUGCCCACCAUCCGCGCCAGGCUGUCGGAGGUCAACGCCACGGCGGACACGGACCGCUCCGCUCUGCUGGCCUGCGACGCGGACGGCUUCCCCGAGCCCACCGUCACCUGGGCCCAUAACAACGUUGUCCUUGAAACGGGUGAUAAGUACACGCUCAACGAGGAUGGCUCUGAAUUGUUAAUAAAAGGUGUCAAGAAGGUGGAUGAAGGAGAUUACACUUGCAUCGCCAAGAACAAGGCAGGAGAGAAAACCGAGGAAGUGAGCCUGAACGUGUUCGUGAAACCCCGGAUCACCUAUCUGAAUAACCAGACCGCCUCAGAGUUUGCAGAGCAGGUCACCCUGACCUGUGAGGCCUUGGGCGACCCCACGCCCACCAUCUCCUGGAGUUUCCAAAACAGGGUAUUCACUGAAGGAGAGCAGAGCCUUGAUAGAAAUAUUGUGGUACGCAGCCACGCACGGGUGUCCUCGCUCACCUUGAAAAAUGUCCUGUUCACGUACGCCGGCCAGUACCUCUGCACCGCCAGCAACUCCAUUGGCCAGGACAACCAGCACAUGCACCUGGAGGUCCGCUAUGCUCCGAAAAUCCUGGGUCCAGUGACGGUGUACACGUGGGAGGGGAACGCGGCCAACAUCAGCUGCGAGGUGGAGGCUCACCCCGGAGCCUCGGUGGUUUGGUUUAGAGACGGCCUCCAGCUGCCCUCUGCCAACACCACCAACAUGAAGAUCUACAGCACGCCAACCAUCAGCUACCUGGAGAUUACCCCAGAUUCUCAGAAUGACUUUGGGAGCUACAACUGCACAGCAACCAAUGUGAUGGGCUCUGAGUCCAAGGAAUUCCUUCUGAUCCAAGCAGAGGUGCCAUCAUCGCCAGAAAUCGAACUAGUGGAGCCUUUCUCCAGCACAGCAGUGGUGACGUUCGAAGAACCCGACUCCAUGGGUGGAGUUCCCAUCAUCAAGUACAGAGUGGAAUGGCGUUUGCCGGGCCAGGAUUGGACCGGCAAAGAGCACGAUGCUAGCGACGCCGCCUACCUGACCGCGAUCACCAUCGUCGGCCUGAAGCCCGAGACUACCUACGAGGUCAAGAUGUCGGCCAUCAACGGCAAGGGCGAAGGCGAGAGCGGCCAGGCCAGCACUUUCAAGACCGAGCCCGUCCAAGGGGAACCCAGUGCCCCCAAACUACAAGUCAAGGUCCAAGAGAGGGGUAAUACUCUUAAGGUCAACUGGAUCAAGCAGGACGAUGGCGGCUCCCCAAUCAAACACUACCUGGUCCGAUACAAGGCUCACGUGUCCGACUGGAAACCAGAGAUGCGCAUUCCCCACAACAGUGAAUACGUGAUGCUGAGCGGCCUGGACUGGAAUACAGAGUACGAGGUGCACGUGGUGGCGGAGAAUCAGCAGGGCAAGUCGGAGCCCGGCGUCAUCUCCUACAGAACCGCUACAGACCCCACUACCGUCCCAGAUGCCGUGGAAGGUGGCUCAGGCUUGGGCACCGGAGCGAUCGUGGGCAUCCUCAUUGUUGUCUUCUUCCUGCUGUUGGUGGGCGUGGAUGUCACCUGCUACUUCCUCAACAAGUGUGGACUCCUCAUGUGCAUCGCUGUGAACUUCUGUGGGAAGGCCGGACCGGGUGCUAAGAGCAAGGACCUUGAGGAGGGCCAGGCUGCAUUCACGAAAGAUGAGUCUAAGGAGCCGAUUGUUGAGGUGAGAACGGAGGAAGAACCAACCCCGAACCAAGGAGGGGGUCCCACUGAGCCCAACGAGACCACGCCCUUGACAGGACCUGAUGGCAAGACUGCGAAGGAUGGGAGCACGAAAGGCGAGACGGAGGUGAAGAACGCCGCGGCCGAGGUGAAGACGGUUCCCAACGAGGCGCCCCAGACCAACGGCAACGAGAGUAAAGCGUAAUCUCCUCGCCCGAGAGCAGCGGA